GACCAUCGGUCGACACUCUUUCGUGAUCAAGAUACUAACCGUUGAGACACGAGAUCUAGCGAGUUAACCAGUGAAACAUGCGACAGCUGAUCACUGAGUUAAGCGGUUGAGCUCUAACAUAUCAUGCAUGCAACAAAUAGGUACCUAUAGGAAUUAUAAUCUCCAACACCUGAAUAAAAACCCUAGAUCUAGCAACCAUCCUUCCAUCGAACAACCCUUGCCAAGUUGAAAAAUUGACUUGUUCAACUUGUUUACUGCUUUGUUUAUUUAAUUGCUAUUUCACUGCUUUAUACUCUAUUAGCGUAGUUUAUUAUAAAUUGUUUAGAUCUAAUCGGUUUCCUAGCUCCUUGUGGAUUCGAUCCCUUAGUACUAUAACUCGACCUCUUUUGAUGAGUAACACUCUUUAGGGUAAUUUGAGUGGUAUCAUGGCACCUCAAAGGCUGAAAAAGAAAGACCUUGGAAUGGUGAGUUUAUCUCAGACCCUAUUCCUAAUACCAGAUUAUAUAGAUCUCCGUACUCUUGUAUGAAAAUGUUUGUUUCAAUUCAUACAGUUCAACAAGAAUUGGUUUAGGCCGGAUGAAGACUUUGCUCUGAGAAUCGAAAUCCGAAACACGCUCAUUGAUCUAUUCCGUGUCGGUGAUAAGCUCCUUCAGAAGCCAAUGAAGGUCUAUGUGAGGAAGAGUAGAAAAAGAGUAAAGGGAUAAGGGAUAAUGUGUCGGUUGCACCCAGGACACGAAAUCGACAUGUAGGGAGAACAAUUUAUGGACGCUUAUAUAGGCAACCAGACUGGUACUCGCCGGCCACAUAUAAGUAAAUAUUGUUUUUUCAGAACUCUAUAAAAACACACACCAAUUUGGUCAUUUUGAUUGUUUUUUCAUUUCACUAUUAUUUAUGUUCAAUUUUUUUGAUAAUUAAGGUCUUAUGUAAUCUUUUUCAUCAGAUUUUAUUAGAAUUUUUAAAUAUUGAUACUUCUAUUUUAAAUUGAAAGAUAUCGAAAUAUAUUAAGAUUUAAGUAAUUUAUAUAAAAGUAACAUCGUGAUGACUUGGGACGACUUCAUGAAGACUUCAGGAAGACAGCACGUUUCGUGAAGUCUUUUGUAAGUCUUCCGAGAGUCGUCCAGAGUCAUCAUGCAGUCUUCCAAAGUCAUCAUGAAGUCUUCUCAUGUUUUUACUUGUAACAUACCAAUCAUGUUUCGGUGUUGUCAUACUGGUACAACUAGUAACACUAAUACAUGUUAUACUAGUAUAACGAGGAUUCUAGGAAUUUUAACAUAAACGGACAUACUUGUUUAAGUUACACAAACGCAACGGACAUGCUCGUUCAGUUGCUCUUACUUAAAUGUAUAUGACUGCUUAUGACAUUUCUAUCGUUUUAAAUAUCUGGAGUACUAUUUAUUUUAAAGUACUUAGUAAUUUGUUAUAUGUUAAUAUAUAAAAGUUAAAUUGUAAAAUAAUGAUAUGAUUAAAUUGUUAUAGGUACAAUUUCAUUAAAACAUAACCGAUUAUUCUAAAAAGCAAGAUUAAUUCUUUACAUUAAUAUUAAGAUUAUUUUUUAAACUUUCCUUUUUAUGAAAUAACAUCAUAUAUAAAAAAAAAAUUUCCCUUUAAGUUUUAUAAAUAUUUUCUUUAUCAUAUAUAUUAUUGAAAACCGAUUUUAAAACGAUAUAACAUCAUAUAUGUUAUUGGAAAACUAUUAUUGAAGAUAUAGUAAAACGAUUUUUUCAUCAACGAAAACACUAAAUUGAUAUAUUAAAACUUUUUAUAACAACUAAUUUAUUUAUAUAAAAGGUAUAUAAAUAAGAGAAGGGAAAAUAGCUUAAUUUUUGAAACACAUAGUCUAGAGUACAAACUUAAAACAACAUCAUACAGUACAAACUUAAACAACAUCAUCAUUCCUAAUCAUCAUUGAAACAGACAAAACAAGUACAACACGUUUCGUGAAGACUUUAAGAAGACUUCAGGAAGACUUUAAGAAGACUUAAGGAAGACAGCACGUUUCGUGAAGUCUUCCGUAAGUCUUCCGAGAGUCGUCCAAAGUCGUCAUGAAGUGUUCCAAAGUCGUCAUGAAGUAUUCUCAUGUUUUUACUUGUAACAUACCAAUCAUGUUUCGGUGUUGUCAUACUGAUACAACUAGUAACACUAAUACAUGUUAUACUAGUAUAACUAAUAUAACGAGGAUUCUCGGAAUUUUAACAUAAAUGGACAUACUUGUUUAAGUUACACAAACGCAACAGACAUGCUCGUUCAGUUGGUUUUACUUAAAUGUAUAUGACUGCUUAUGACCAUUUUAUCGUUUUAAAUAUCUGGAGUACUACUUAUUUUAUAGUACUUAGUAAUUUGUUAUACGUUAAUAUAUAAAAAUCGUCGAGUUCGCGGUAGUCGAUCAUCCCGCUAUACUAUUGAUGAUACUGUGUGUUGAGACCCUCUGCCACAUUUUAUUCCUCUUUGUCCAUUGUAAGCCAGCAAAGGGGGAGUCGGUCUGUUUCGUAUGGGCUUCCCAAAGGAUGCAGCAAAGUCGGGUAGAGCAACGUAGAUCCAAACUUGGAGAACUUGAACAAACCCAUCUAUGGUAUAACAAUUGCUUGUCAAAUCUUUGCACUUCACAGAGUCCAUCAACCACUUAAAAGCAAUCUCCCCCAUGGGUACGUCUCAAAUUCAUGUAAAUUCAUCACUAGCCUUGCAGGCAUCGCCCGUGUAGGCGAUGAGUUCUUCUUCCCUUCAAUGUAUCCUGUGUAGAUGGCUAGGUAGCCCAGGCGAAUGCGGUCAUCCUGAGACCACUCUCCAAAUUUCUUACAUGUUGCUAUUAUUUGCAAGCUACUUGGACCAGCAUCAAUAUUCAAACCCAUCAACUCCCAGAAACGAGCCAACUCAUCUAUCACCUCUACAGUAGAAUUAUCCAGGUUCUUGAUAUAUUCGCAGUUUAGACCAGUGAUGUGCUUGAACUCAAUCAGGGAAAACCUCGCCAGCUGUGGACCAAAAAGACACCAGAGCUCAUACUUCUUCUUGAUAUCCAGCUGGUAACAUAACAUAUAAUGAACCAGCCUAGACGCCCAUUCAAAUUUCAACUACCAAAACUUGAUGAACACUCCCAACUUUGAAUUCUUCAGCUGCUCCCAUUCAUCUUCGUUAAGAGCAGCCUUUAGAGCAGGAAGCAACUUCGCGUCAUCGGUAUGAUGCCCAAUGCUUUUCAUUGCCGAUGGCUCUUCCCCUAAGAUGAACAACCUCACAUGAAAUUUUGGUAAAUCCAUUUUAAAGCCUGCAAAACAUUGAAAACCAAACACCUCAGACACAAACAUGAGAAGACUUCAUGACAACUUCAAAAUACUUUAUGACGAGUUCAGACGACUUCCGCAAGACUUACGGAAGACUUCACGAAAUGUGCUGUCUUCCGUAAGUCUUCAUGAAGUCUUCAUGGAGUCGUCCAAAGUCGUCACGAUACCCUGAAGUCAAAUCUGAAGAGAAACCAUGAUACAUCGAUCAAAUGGGUGAACAUACCGUCGGAAAGCGGAGAAGUCGAGGUCCAAAACAGAGAAGAUACAGAUAUGCCAAAACUCGAGAACAAGGACGAAGUCACGACAGAGAAACUGCUUUGUCGUCGCUGAAGAAAUGGAAAAGGGAAAUUUGAAUUUUCAGAAAGGAAAAAUUAGCGCCUCCCGAGUGCGACAAAUACAGAAUUAGGGUUUGAGGUAUAUUGAUAAUUUUAUGGAAUCCUAAUUUUAUUAAUAAUCCCGAGUUUUAGUUUGGGUCGCUUUUAGUUACGAGUGAAAUUGGGAUCAUUAAUAUAAUGUAAUACGAGUGUUCCCUCUUUCUUUUAUUAAAUUUUACAUUGUUUUUGUGAAUUUUUUUGUUGAUAACGUUUAGUUCUGGACAACUGGGUUGGAUCGAGUUUGAGUCGGGUUUUGUCGGAUCUGAAGAUUCCGGGUCCAAUAAAUUUAGAACCAUAUUGACACUUAUAAUUUUUGGGUCAGGUCUUGUUGGGUCCGGGUCAGUUUGGGUCUACACUUCCAGUACCCGUAAAAUAUCCAUAUUUUUGGGUAUUUUUCGAAAACGGGUUGGUUCGAAAAGAGAAGAAAAAUCAGUUCUAAAACUUGAAGUUCAGUAAAACAAAAUCAGUUCUUAGGUACCUAUUCUGGAGCUCCUUUUGCAUACUCAGUGCCAGUCUCCAUUACUAUCAAUAUAAGUGAACUGGAUUGAAUCGAAGGUAGUGAAGUUCGCCCUAUGCCAACUUUGGAGACACCUAACUCCGGGACAGGCGCGAAUCUCCCAACUAUGGCGCCAGGAGGAGACGCAUUAACGCGCGAAAAGGCCAAGGAUACUCAGACCUACGACGUGGAAGACAGCGAAUCGGAGCCCAAACCUGAUAAAGAAUCAGCAGACGGAGCAGUGAGAGCUGAGUCUCCUAAGAUCGCUCACCUUCAUCAGAUGUUCUCCGAGAGGCUCGAUGCCAUGCAGUCAAUGGUAGAGAGGCUCCUGGGGGUAGCUCCCCCCAUCCGGAAGAGCAAUCCCGACUCCUACACCGACACUCCCUUCACGGAUGAGAUCACCUUGAUCGUGAUGCCCAGGAAGUUCUCCUUCCCCAGCAUAAAGGCGUAUGACGGCACCACUGAUCCGGACGACCACGUCGCCCAAUAUAGACAAAGGAUGCUCGCCGUAGCACUCCCAAAGGCAAAUGGAUAAAUGAGCCACCGACCUAGAGCAACCAUAUAAGGAGAGCUGAAGCAGAAGAAAAAGGGAUCCGAUUUUAGACUUAGUGAACGAACUUCUGCUAGCUUAGAGAACUUAGAGCAUCAUUAUUGCAGAAGAUCUUUAAGUGGGUUUUUCAGCAAAUUACAUGAUUUAAUUAAAUCAAAAGAAAAUGAAAUUCUAAUAAUCGAUUCUUAAACCGUGAUUUUCGUAACCGAUCCUUAGCCAAAGGAAAAGCGCACGUGUCAGCAUGUGGGCAAACCUCAACUAUAAUUUUUUUUUUCUUUUCUCUCCCUUUUCUUUUUGUCGUGUCGUCUUCUCUUUGUUUUUUCCGACGAUGGCAAUCAAUUGUUUGAAGGUCUUGAUUGUGAGGCUAAAGAGAAGAUCACUAGAGAGUUAGCUAAACUCGUGUUCGGAUCAUAAGAGAGCAUUGUCUCCAUCUGUUUGAGCAGUUUCUCAUUGAAAGAUUUGAGGAAUAAAAGGUCGAGAGAUGAGGAGAUCAAUUGGUUUCCGUUUGUGGAAGAUCUGAGCUUGACUAGUUCUAUGUUGGCUCUAGAACGUAGUGAAACCUCUUUCAGCAGUUGAAAAGAAAGGACAAGAUAAAUCAGGCUUGGUGUGUGUUUUACCUGAAUCAUAGAUUCCACGCGACGUCGCAUCCUGAUUUAAUGUUGAAGCAAGAUGUUGGCAAGUAUUCGAUAGGCAAAGAAAUUUAUGCAAGUCGAUUUUUUUUAAUGUAGCUUAUCAAUAUAAUUGACUGAUUUGUUCAACCUUUGUUUUGAAUGGGUUGAUGUCUCGCCUGGAGGGAUAAAGUGACUGAAGAUGGUGUCACCGUUGCUAGAGGCAUUGAGUUGAAGGAUAAAGUGACGAACGUUGGUGACCGAAACAUGACACAAGACGAGGCACAGACUUGGGUGAGAACGACAGAGGUGAGAAGUGUGUUGUGCUGAUGACAGAGGUGAGAAGUGUGUUGUGCUGAUGACAGAGGUGAGAAGACGAGUCACGGGUUGUGUAUCUUGUGGUGAAAAGUGGUGAGAAGAAGAGUGCUGAUGACAUAGAGAAUUCAGACCUUCAGGGAAAUUAGGUUUACUUGGUUUUCCUCCGUUUUUAUUUAUUAAAAUCGACGGUGUGAAUUUUGGUUCCCACAACACACAUCACUGAUGUCUUCCUAGCUUUCUCUUCCACUUCUUCUGUGAUUUGAGCAAAGCUGAGACGGGAAAGUCACGCCCACACAGCUAUGGAGAUAUUGGAGUUGAUCUUAUCCAAAGUUUCAUUUUUCCUUCAGGGAAUUUGAUUUAUUCUAUUUUCUUUUAAUUUUCUAGGUUAUAUUGGUAUUGUUUUAGUUGGUUUUAAGGUCUGUUUCAUGUUGAAAAAAAGAUAUGUUACUCUUAGCUGCUGCUAGAACUUAAAGAGCAGAGAAUCAAGAUGCUUUUGAUGCUGCUAUAUGGUUGGAAAACUUGCUUACUCUAAAGAGGCAAGAGUUUGUAUUAGAGAGAUUCACUACCUCCGAUUCAAUCCAGUUCACUUAUAUUGAUAGUAAUGGAGCCUGGCACUGAGUAAGCAAAAGGAGCUCCAGAACAGGUACCUAAGAACUGAUUUUGUUUUACUGAACUUCAAGUUUUAGAACUGAUUUUUCUUCUGUUCUCGAACCAACUUGUUUCCGAAAAAUACCGAAAAUAUGGAUAUUUUACGGGUACUGGUAUUGUAGACGCAAACUGACCUGGACCCAACAAGACCUGACCCGAAAUUUAUAACUGUCAAUAUGGUUCUAAAUUUAUUGGACCCGGAAUUUGCGGAUCCGACAAAAUCCGACUCAAACCCGACCCGACCCAGAUGUCCAGAACUAAACAUUAUCAACAAAAAAAUUCACAAAAACAAUGUAAACUAUAAUAAAAGAAAGUGGGAACACUCGUAUUACAUUAUAUUAAUGAUCCCAAUUUCACUCGUAACUAAAGGCGACCCAAACUAAAAAUCGGGAUAACUAAUAAAAUUAGGAUUCCAUAAAAUUAUCAAUAUACCUUAAACCCUAAUUCUGUAUCUGUCGCACUCGGGAGGCGCUAAUUUUUCCUUUCUGAAAUUUCAAAUUUCUCUUUUCCAUUUCUUCAGCGACGACAAAGCACUUUCUCUGUCGUGACUUCUUCCUUGUUCUUGAGUUUUGGCAGAUCUGUAACUUCUCUGUUUUGGACCUCGACUUCUCCGCUUUCCAAAAGUAUGUUCACCCAUUUGAUCGAUGUAUUAUGGUUUCUCUUCAGAUUUAACUUCAGGGUAUCGUGGCGACUUUGGACGACUCCAUGAAGACUUCAUGAAGACUUACGGAAGACAUCACGUUUCGUGAAGUCUUCCGUAAGUCUUGCGGAAGUUGUCCGAACUCGUCAUAAAGUAUUUUGAAGUUGUCAUGAAGUCUUCUCAUGUUUGUGUCUGAGGUGUUUGGUUUUCAAAGUUUUGCAGGCUGUAAAAUGGAUUUACCAAAAUUUCAUGUGAGGUUGUUCAUCUUAGGGGAAGAGCCAUCGGCAAUGAAAAGCAUUGGGCAUCAUACCGAUGACGUGAAGUUGCUUCCUGCUCUAAAGGCUGCUCUUAACGAAGAUGAAUGGGAGCAGCUGAAGAAUUCAAAGUUGGGAGUGUUCAUCAAGUUUUGGUACUUGAAAUUUGAAUGGGCGUCUAGGCUGGUUCAUUAUAUGUUAUGUUACCAGCUGGAUAUCAAGAAGAAGUAUGAGCUCUGGUGUCUUUUUGGUCCACAGCUGGCGAGGUUUUCCUUGAUUGAGUUCGAACACAUCACUGGUCUAAACUGCGAAUAUAUCAAGAACCUGGAUAAUUCUACUAUAGAGGUGACAGAUGAGUUGGCUCGUUUCUGGGAGUUGAUGGGUUUGGAUAUUGAUGCUGGUCCAAGUAGCUUGCAAAUAAUAGCAACAUGUAAGAAAUUUGGAGAGUGGUCUCAGGAUGACCGCAUUCGCCUGGGCUACCUAGCCAUCUACACAGGAUACAUUGAAGGGAAGAAGAACUCAUCGCCUACACGGGCGAUGCCUGCAAGGCUAGUGAUGAAUUUACAUGAAUUUGAGACGUACCCAUGGGGGAGAUUGGCUUUUAAGUGGUUGAUGGACUCUGUGAAGUGCAAAGAUUUGACAAGCAAUUGUUAUACCAUAGAUGGGUUUGUUCAAGCUCUCCAAGUUUGGAUCUACGUUGCUCUGCUCGACUUUUCUGCAUCAUUUGGGAAGCCCAUACGAAACAGACCGACUCCCCCUUUGCUGGCUUACAAUGGACAAAGAGGAAUAAAAUGUGGCAGAGGGUCUCAACACACAGUAUCACCAAUAGUAUAGUACUGAUUAAUGUAUUUCUGAUCAAGAGGGUAACUAACUUUAUAUUUACUUAAUGCAGACUCGGGUGUUCAAAUAUGUGGCGAAGGAGAUAGGUGAAAUGUACCCUACAUGGGACAAUGAUGCGGUUGAUGUCUCGGUUAAAAACUUGGUGGAGUUAUGUGUGCUAAACCUGAAUGGAAGUGGACCCAAGAGUGCUGGCCAGCCCAAGGUACCAAGCAAUGGACCAAUCCUGUCUAUGUGAAGAAAUAACCUCAUCAGCGCCCUGUGAAGGAAGAAAGCAGAGCUCCGAAGAAAGCUCGUACUGAGGCUGGUACAUCAGAGGAUCCUAUAGAGCCUCCGUUAGAGUCUUCUGCUGCCAGGAAUGGGAUUAUGAGAGAAAACAUUGAACUAAUGUUCAAGGAGAUGACGAAAGUUGUGACUGCUGGGAUUGGUCAGUGCGUAAAGGAGAUCAAGUUUCUCAGGGAUAGGAUGGAAGCUAUGAAGAAGAUCGUGGGAAUCAACAAGAAAGACACUCUGGAGAUGAAAAUUGGGACUGCUGGAAUUGGUCAGGGCGUAAAGGAGAUCAAGCUUCUCGGGGAUAGGAUGGAAGCUAUGGAGAAGAUCGUGGGAAUCAACAAGAAAAACACUGACCAUAACGAACUUCAACUCACAGUUUCAGAGUUAGACAGCAUUCCUACUCAUAUUCAAGAUGGAGGCUUAUUCUGCUCUAACUCUGAAACUGUGAGUUGAAGUUCGUUAUGGUCAGUGUUUUUCUUGUUGAUUCCCACGAUCUUCUCCAUAGCUUCCAUCCUAUCCCCGAGAAGCUUGAUCUCCUUUACGCCCUGACCAAUCCCGGCAGUCACAACUUUCGUCAUCUCCUGAGUGUCUUUCGUGUUGAUUCCCACGAUCUUCUCCAUAGCUUCCAUCCUAUCCCCGAGAAACUUGAUCUCAUUUACGCACUGACCAAUCCCAGCAGUCACAACUUUCGUCAUCUCCUUGAACAUUAGUUCAAUUUCUUCUCUCAUAAGCCCAUUCCUGGCAGCAGAAGACUCUAAGGGAGGCUCUAUAGGAUCCUUUGAUGUACCAGCCUCGGUAUGAGCUUUCUUCGGAGCUCUGCUUUCUUCCUUCACAUGGCGCUGAUGAGGUUCUUUCUUCACAUAGACAUGAUUGGUUCAUUGCUUGGUACCUUGGGCUGGCCAGCACUCUUGGGUCCACUUCCAUUCAGGUUUAGCAAACAUGAACUCAACCAAGUUUUUAACCGAGACAUCAACCGCAUCAUUUUCCCAUGUAGGGUACAUUUCACCUAUCUCCUUCGCCACAUAUUUGAACACACGAGUCUGCAUUAAGUAAAUAUCAAGUUAGUUACCCUCUUGAUCAUAAAUACAUUAAUCAGUAGUAUACUUUUGGUGAUACCUGUGUGUAGAGACACUCUUUGCCACAUUUUAUUCCUCUUUGUCCAUUGUAAGCCAGCAAAGGGGGAGUCGGUCUAUUUCGUAUGGGCUUCCCAAAGGAUGCAGCAAAGUCGGGUAGAGCAACGUAGAUCCAAACUUGGAGAACUUGAACAAACCCAUCUAUGGUAUAACAAUUGCUUGUCAAAUCUUUGCACUUCACAGAGUCCAUCAACCACUUAAAAGCCAAUCUCCCCCAUGGGUACGUCUCAAAUUCAUGUAUAUUCAUCACUAGCCUUGCAGGCAUCGCCCGUGUAGGCGAUGAGUUCUUCUUCCCUUCAAUGUAUCCUGUGUAGAUGGCUAGGUAGCCCAGGCGAAUGCGGUCAUCCUGAGACCACUCUCCAAAUUUCUUACAUGUUGCUAUUAUUUGCAAGCUAAUUGGACCAGCAUCAAUAUCCAAACCCAUCAACUCCCAGAAACGAGCCAACUCAUCUGUCACCUCUACAGUAGAAUUAUCCAGGUUCUUGAUAUAUUCGCAGUUUAGACCAGUGAUGUGCUUGAACUCAAUCAGGGAAAACCUCGCCAGCUGUGGACCAAAAAGACACCAGAGCUCAUACUUCUUCUUGAUAUCCAGCUGGUAACAUAACAUAUAAUGAACCAGCCUAGACGCCCAUUCAAAUUUCAACUACCAAAACUUGAUGAACACUCCCAACUUUGAAUUCUUCAGCUGCUCCCAUUCAUCUUCGUUAAGAGCAGCCUUUAGAGCAGGAAGCAACUUCGCGUCAUCGGUAUGAUGCCCAAUGCUUUUCAUUGCCGAUGGCUCUUCCCAUAAGAUGAACAACCUCACAUGAAAUUUUGGUAAAUCCAUUUUACAGCCUGCAAAACAUUGAAAACCAAACACCUCAGACACAAACAUGAGAAGACUUCAUGACAACUUCAAAAUACUUUAUGACGAGUUCAGACGACUUCCGCAAGACUUACGGAAGACUUCACGAAAGGUGCUGUCUUCCGUAAGUCUUCAUGAAGUCUUCAUGGAGUCGUCCAAAGUCGUCACGAUACCCUGAAGUCAAAUCUGAAGAGAAACCAUGAUACAUCGAUCAAAUGGGUGAACAUACCGUCGGAAAGCGGAGAAGUCGAGGUCCAAAACAGAGAAGAUACAGAUAUGCCAAAACUCGAGAACAAGGACGAAGUCACGACAGAGAAACUGCUUUGUCGUCGCUGAAGAAAUGGAAAAGGGAAAUUUGAAUUUUCAGAAAGGAAAAAUUAGCGCCUCCCGAGUGCGACAAAUACAGAAUUAGGGUUUGAGGUAUAUUGAUAAUUUUAUGGAAUCCUAAUUUUAUUAAUAAUCCCGAGUUUUAGUUUGGGUCGUUUUAGUUACGAGUGAAAUUGGGGUCAUUAAUAUAAUGUAAUACGAGUGUUCCCUCUUUCUUUUAUUAAAUUUUACAUUGUUUUUGUGAAUUUUUUUGUUGAUAACGUUUAGUUCUGGACAUCUGGGUCGGAUCGAGUUUGAGUCGGGUUUUGUCGGAUCCGAAGAUUCCGGGUCCAAUAAAUUUAGAACCAUAUUGACACUUAUAAUUUUUGGGUCAGGUCUUGUUGGGUCCGGGUCAGUUUGGGUCUACACUUCCAGUACCCGUAAAAUAUCCAUAUUUUCGGGUAUUUUUCGAAAACGGGUUGGUUCGAAAAGAGAAGAAAAAUCAGUUCUAAAACUUGAAGUUCAGUAAAACAAAAUCAGUUCUUAGGUACCUAUUCUGGAGCUCCUUUUGCAUACUCAGUGCCAGUCUCCAUUACUAUCAAUAUAAGUGAACUGGAUUGAAUCGAAGGUAGUGAAGUUCGCCCUAUGCCGACUUUGGAGACACCUAACUCCGGGACAGGCGCGAAUCUCCCAACUAUGGCGCCAGGAGGAGACGCAUUAACGCGCGAAAAGGCCAAGGAUACUCAGACCUACGACGUGGAAGACAGCGAAUCGGAGCCCAAACCUGAUAAAGAAUCAGCAGACGGAGCAGUGAGAGCUGAGUCUCCUAAGAUCGCUCACCUUCAUCAGAUGUUCUCCGAGAGGCUCGAUGCCAUGCAGUCAAUGGUAGAGAGGCUCCUGGGGGUAGCUCCCCCAUCCGGAAGAGCAAUCCCGACUCCUACACCGACACUCCCUUCACGGAUGAGAUCACCUUGAUCGUGAUGCCCAGGAAGUUCUCCUUCCCCAGCAUAAAGGCGUAUGACGGCACCACUGAUCCGGACGACCACGUCGCCCAAUAUAGACAAAGGAUGCUCGCCGUAGCACUCCCAAAGGGUCACGCCAAGCUACCAUGUGCAAAGGGUUCGGCUCCACCCUGACCGACCCGCUCUGCAGUGGUAUAUCAACUUGCCCUCCAGGUCCAUAGCUUCCUUUGCGGUCCUCAGCGACAAAUUCGUGGAACAAUUCACCAGCAGUAGGGACCUAGAGAAGACCUCCGACAGCCUCUAUGAAAUCCUCAAGCACCGAGCGAACCCUCUGCGAGGCUACAUAGCCCGCUUCAAUCAAGAGAAGGUGGCUAUGCCUGAAUACAUUAUCCCCACUGCUAUCUCUGCCUUCAAGAGAGGCAUGCUCCCCGACGGAGACCUCUACAUGGAGCUGACUAAAUACCAGUGCAAAACCAUGGAAAACGUCCUAUCUCGAGCUUGGGCGCAGGUAAAAUGGAAGGAAGACUUCGCCAGCCGUGCCAAACCGCAACAAAAGAAAGAUCCCAAGAUGAUCAGACCAUACCGAAUUGAGCAAGACGACAAACCCUCUCUGUUAGGGGAUUUUGUGUAGGCUCUUUUGGAGUACUACGGAACGAUGGAUAAGCUGGUAGUACGUAUGUGUUUGUGUAUGUUUUGUGGGAAUUUAAUAAGAUAACAAGGAUAUAGGUACAUAAAACAAGCAAGAAUAAGCAAGGUUACAAGGUGUUUGGUAAGAACCCUAAUUCUAGCCGUCUAGUUGAUACCACUCAAAUUACCCUAAGGAGUGUUACUCUCAUCAAAAGAGGUUCAGAUGUAGUACUUAGGGAUCGAAUCCACAAGGAGCUAGGGAACAAUUAAAUCUAGUGUUUAUUAAUUCUAAAGUUCUAAAUGUUUAAAUGAAAUAGCAAUAGUAACAAGCGAGUAAAUAAUAAAUGUAACUUGGUUGGA